AUGAUCCGGUCCAGUCCUUAUUACCCGCAGUCAAAUGGCCAGGCAGAAUCCAGCAACAAGAUUUUGGUAAACAUUAUCAAAAGAAUGGUGAUAGAUAGUCCAGAAAAAUGGCAUGAAAAGCUGGGGAAUACUCUGUGGGCAUACAGAACUUCCAAGAGGGCAGGUACAGGGACAACUCCUUAUGCUCUAACCUUUGGGCAAGAUGUAGUGCUUCCCAUGGAGAUCAAUGAAGGAAAGAGGGCUGUUGCCCGAGCGUAUAACAAAAGAGUGAAAGCAAAAUCUUACAAGGAAGGAGAUUUGGUGUGGAAGACAGUUCUUCCUCUAGGAGCUCAGCUUAAGGGCUUUGGAAAGUGGAGCCCGACGUGGGAAGGUCCUUUCAUAGUUAGUCAAGUAUUAGACAAAGGGGGAUAUUACUUGGCGGACCUCGAAGGGAAUUGGCAGAAACAUCCCAUUAAUGUUAAAUUCUUGAAAAGGUGCAAUGACAUCUCAGCUGGUUUUCUGGUAUCUUCAUGGGUAGAAUCUGGUCAGGUGAUCAAGUUGUGCAGCCAAGACGCGUCUGGUAGAGGAUCCUCAGGCAGAGUCAUCACCAUAUAUGAUGGUGAAGCCUGA